UUUUGGGGAGGGGGGGAAUCUAUAUUGGGAGGAGAUGAAGGGGUAAUUGUGGAGGCCGCGCGAUUCCGAUUCCUCCGACUAGACGCGAAUUUGCCCCAAAUUUUCCCCAAAUUGGUACAAUCUCGAUCGCUUCCCCUUCCUCUGCGCUCUCUCCCGAUGCCAAUUUCGUCGCCGGAGGUGGCCGGAGCAAUCGCCGGAGACCCGAUUUCCGGCCACCUAGGGUUUCUACGGUGACCUAGGGUUUUCAUUGGGGAGCAGUUCUCUGAGCUCAACCCAUUCGGUUAUGGCCCUCGACAAAACCUAAACCCACUUCAUUGCGAUCGCUAGUUGCUGUACUCUUCGUUUAUUUGAUCUCAAUUACGGUCCUUUUAAUUAGUAUUUUUGAGAUUUUUGUGUUUGAUUGCAAUGUCACUCUUGUUCUAGUAGUAUUUGAUCAUAGAAAGGUUGUAUCUUCGGUGCAUGUUAGGAAAUUAGGGUUUUUGCUUUUGAGUGUAGAGCUUGAAUGGUUGAUGCUCGUUUUCUUUUGGUUCUACCAUUUAGGUUUUGGAAGAGAUUCUUAUCACAUUGAUUAUAAGUAGUAAGAUUUGGGAAUCAACAGUGUGUAUGCCAUGAGGAUGGAGCUCAUAAUGUUGAGUGUCUUAUACUAUUUUAGCUUUCAGAACUCUAACAUGUGAGAAUUGUGGGUUUGGGUUCACGAUGUUUUAGUACUUUUCGAGGUGAUUGUGUUUGCUUGUAAUGACACUCUUCUUUUAGGAACAUUUGAUCGUAGAGAGACCGUGUAUUUAUUGCAUGCUCGCAAAUCAGGUUUUUUGUUGUAGAAUUGAAGUUUGGCGUUGAGUAUACGACUUGCAUGGUUGAUACUUGUUUUUGUUUAUUUUUAAUUUUCUUUAUGAACAGUUCUAAGCUUCUUUAACUCGCAGAAUUUUGUAACUUUACCAACUUACUCUUUUGGGUUUCUUUGUUUUUCCAUCAGGGUUCAGAACGUUUUCUUUGAAUUGAGUCGUCUGCGCCGCCAGCAACACCAAUUAAGCUAUAAGUUGUAAGCGUUUGAAAGACAAAAAUGGAAUGUAACAAGGAUGAGGCUCUUAGGGCCAAAGAGAUUGCGGAGAAGAAGUUCGUCUCUAAAGACAUAGCGGGCGCCAGGAAAUUUGCUUUGAAAGCCCAAAAUCUCUUUCCCGGCCUCGAUGGCGUUAGUCAAAUGAUCGCAACCCUAGAUGUUCAUCUCGCAUCAGAGCUCAAAGUUGGGGGGGAGAAAGAUUGGUAUUCAAUUUUAUCGGUAAAUCCUUCAGCAGAUGAUGAUACAGUGAAGAAACAGUACAGGAAAUUGGCUCUUCAGCUUCACCCUGACAAGAACAAAUCUGUCGGUGCCGAAAGUGCUUUUCAGUUCAUUUCUGAGGCAUGGAAUGUAUUAUCCGAUAAGAGCAAGAGAACGCUAUAUGAUCAUAAGAGAAAUAUAAAAGGUUUUCAGCAAAAGACUUUUCAAACAAAAAAAGAAAGCUCAGUUCCUCAUACUGCAAAUGGAUUCUAUAAUUUUGUGAAGAACACUGCACAAAAAGAAAAAGCAGCUAGGCAACAAACAGCUGGUGCGAGUCGAACUAAUACCGUUCCACCUCCUCCUAAUCCUGAACCACCAAAAUCGAAUACAUUUUGGACUUCGUGCAAUAAGUGCAAGAUGCAGUAUGAGUAUCUUAGAAUAUAUCUUAACCAUAAUCUCCUUUGCCCAAAUUGUCAUGAGCCAUUUCUCGCAUCCGAAACUGCAGCCCCGACCAACGGAAUCAAUACUAAUCCCAUGCGGCGGUCGAACACUCAGCAGAAUCAGAAGAACUCUAAAGCUAGCGGUCCUGGGAAGGGCACGGCAUCUUCUUCCGAUAACAAGGCAAGCUUCCAAUGGGGGCCGUUCUCCAGAAAGGCUGGUGCAGCAAGUGCGAAAGCCACUUCUACGGCAGCUGCGCAGGCUGCGAACAUGGUCCAUCAGACAUAUGAGAAGGUUCGGAGGGAGAGGGAGGAGGCGCAGGCGAGAGCUAAGAGGGAGGAAAUCCUUCAGAGGAAACUGAAUUCGCUGAAGAAGACUUCGAGCUCAUCUGGAAAUUCUAAUAUUGAAACGAGUGAUAGUUUACAUGCAAAGAAAAGAAAAGGAGGCGGUGAUAAUUCUGAACCAGCAGACUCGGUUAUGGGGCCUGAAAAUGCUAAAAAUAGAAGCUUUGGGUCUAAUACAACAGCUUCUGAAAUGGAAAGAGUUAAACCGACCAACUUAGACCGGGGAUCUUCGCAAUUGGAUAUUCGAUCUAUGCUGAUGGAAAAGAGUAAGGUUACACUGAAUAAAGUUUUAGAGGAUUGGAAUAGUAAGAAAGUCGAACUCGAAGAAAAAGAGAGGGCAAAGAAAAAACAGAAAGUGAAAGAAAAUGAUGAACAAAAGGGGAAGGAGGAUAAGCAAGACAAAUUAGAUGAUAAUGCCAACAUUAACAUUAAAAGACGUCCUUCCAGUGCUGAUUUAAAUGAUGAAGUUAAUGAACCUGUAUUAGCUAUGGAAGUUCCUGACCCAGAUUUUUAUGAUUUUGACGGUGAUCGGUCUGAGAAGUCCUUCCGAUGCGAUCAAAUAUGGGCUACAUACGAUGAAGAAGACGGAAUGCCUCGUUAUUACGCGCUUAUUCAGAAAGUUAUCUCUUUGAAUCCCUUCAAGAUCCGGAUGAGCUAUCUUACCUCAAAAUCAAACAUUGAAUUUGGACCCUUAAAUUGGACCUCCUCUGGCUUUGCCAAGACAUGUGGCGAUUUCCGUGUGGGUCGAUAUGAGGUCAUCGAUACGGUUAAUAUUUUCUCUCACCAGGUUAGAUGGGAGAAAGCCCCGCGUGGGUUUAUAAAAAUUUUUCCCAAAAAAGGUGAUAUUUGGGCCCUUUACCGAAAUUGGUCUGCAGAUUGGAACGAGCAUACACCUGAUGAAGUAAUCUACAAGUAUGACAUGGUUGAAGUACUUGAUGAAUACAAUGAAGUUAAUGGUAUUUCCGUUAUCCCUUUAGUGAAGAUUGGUGGAUUUAAGACGGUAUUCAAGAGGCAUACAGACCCAAAAGAAGUAAAGAGGAUUCCAAAAGAGGAAAUGUUUCGGUUUUCACAUCAGGUGCCAUCGUAUUUACUAACUGGUGAAGAAGCACAAAAUGCUCCUAAGGGUUGCCGUGAGCUGGACCCAGCAGCAACUCCUUUGGAACUUCUUCAGGUAAUUCCCAAAGCUAAGGAGGAAGACUUUUCAUUGAGUGCUGAACAAGAAGCCAUUUGACAUUUUUGGGGGGGCCCAAAGCUGUAUAGCCUCAUAUACCUCUUUUUGCUGUUGCUGUGAUUAUGCUGCUGGAAAAAGCACUUUAUUUUGUUCUGUUCUGAGACAGUUGGCAUCGGAUAUCUCUAACCUGAAUUUUGUUUUCAAUAGACAAAAGUAUCUUAGGUUUUACAAAGGUAGGGUACAGAUUGCAGAGAUUAAGCAUUGCCGUGGAGAAGCUCUUUUGGUGGUGUUUCUAGAGGAAAUGGAACCUUCUGUGUUCUGUAAGAACAACUGUAGCUGCGGAAAUUGAAGUGGGAAGCAAGAGUUUCAACCAUGCGGUGUUUGAUAUGAUCUGCUUUUGGAGGGUAAAAUCUCGUAAAUUCUGUACCCGACAAAGUAUAAAAUUUACAAUUUUCUAUCUUCCGAUUCAGAGAACUUUUUAUUAUAGCAAGUAGGAAAUAUAGAAACUUUGUUGUCAUUUUGGUUUAAUAUUUUGUAGUACAGUUGGUUUUACUUGGAAACUAUACAUCUUUUUGAUGGGACCAUUAAUUAAUUUUUCAUUAUAGAA